CCAAACCAUCUCAACUCAACUCAACUCAUCACCAUUCACUUCCAACAUUCUUUAUCACGGAAACGAGCAAUGUCAAAUAUAAAGUUAAACAGUCAAAAAACUACACAAAACUCACCUACCAAACUAACCCUUCGAUCUAAAACUUUUUCAAAAUUAUUAUGGCCUGAAAACUCAAAUAGAACAGAUCAUGAAAUCGAUCAAGCUCAUCAAUCUCUUCGUAGAUUAAUCUUAACAGAUCCAUAUGACGAAGAAGAAGCUACUCAUUUACGUUCAACAACUUGGAAAAUUUUAUUAGGAGCAUUAGAUUGUAAAGCAGAAUAUUAUUUUGAUUUAGUUUCAAGACCUCCUUCAGCUUGGUAUAAGAAAAUCACAAAUGAUACUUUUAGAACUUUAGCAACCGAUUCAUCUUUUCAAACUCGAGUUUCAGAUCAAAUGUUAGUUAGAUUACUUGAAGCUUUUGUUUCUAGAUCUCAUGAUAUGUCUCAAGAUGGUGGUACUGGUGAAUCACAAUAUGAUUUCACUUACGUUCAAGGAAUGAACGUACUCGCUGCACCUUUUCUUUAUACCCUUCCAUCCGAACUAGAAGCAUUCUUUUGCUUUACUAGAUUUAUUGAAUUCCAUUGUCCAUUAUACGUUCAACCUACACUUGAAGGUGUUCAUUCUGCAUUACAAUUACUAGACGAAUGCCUCGAAAUUGUGGAUCCUGAAUUAUUUCAUUAUCUUAGCACGAAGAAUUUACGAGCUGAGAUUUACGCAUUUCCCUCUGUUUUGACGCUCUGCGCUUGUACAGAACCGUUGGAUCAAGUGCUUCAACUAUGGGAUUACUUAUUAGCCUUUGGAGUAGGAUUAAAUGUCUUAUGUGUUAUCUCACAACUAUACAUGAUGCGUGAAAGAGUCUUGGCUCAUCCUUCUCCAAUGGCCAUCUUGAGAAAGUUUCCAACACUAGAAGCACGUCAAGUGAUCCUUUUAACUAAUGUUUUCAUACGAGAUUUACCACUCCAUUUAUAUGAAAAAUUGGUUCGACAUCCAUUUGAGACUGUUAAUUAAUAUGACUCGAAUGAAACUUUAACCUUUGUGUAAAUAUAUUGUUAAGUAUUGUAUUAUUUUGGGUGGGUUCAUCAUAGGAAUUCUUUUUUCAAAUUACUUUAAUUUAUUUCUCUUUUACUUUUGAUGCUUAAGAAAUAGGAUAUUAGGAUUGGUAGGAUUUUUGACUCAUUGUGUUAUUUUAUUAGUUUCAUGCAAUCUAUCUUCCUCACAACUC